CUGAACGACGCGGUGCAGCAGCACAACUGGUGCUUCCCGUUCGUGGUGGACGGGAACCCGGAGCCCCGGAUUAGCUGGCUGCGCGACGGCGUUCCCAUCGUGGACAACGACUACGUCUUCACCGACACCCUGAAGGACGCUAACGAGUCCACGCGGCAGGACUUCCAGCGGGAGGCGGAGCUGCUGACGGUGCUGCAGCACCAGCACGUCGUGCGUUUCUACGGCGUCUGCACCGACGGGGAGCCGCUGGCCAUGGUGUUCGAGUACAUGCGCCACGGAGACCUCAACCGCUUCCUCCGGGCUCACGGUCCUGACGCCCGGAUCCUGGAGGAGACUAAGAUGGCCCCCGUGGGUCAGCUCACGCUGCCCCAGAUGCUGCACAUCACGGCCCAGAUCGCGUCGGGGAUGGUGUACCUGGCCUCGCUGCACUUCGUCCACCGGGACCUGGCAACCCGCAACUGCCUGGUGGGGGAGGGGCUGGUGGUCAAGAUAGGGGACUUCGGCAUGUCCAGAGACAUCUACAGCACAGAUUACUAUAGGAUCUUCACCUACGGAAAGCAGCCCUGGUACCAGCUCUCCAACAGCGAGGCCAUUGAAUGCAUCACGCAGGGGCGGGAGCUGGAGAGGCCGCGCACCUGUCCCAAAGAGGUGUACGACCUGAUGCAGGGCUGCUGGCAGAGGGAGCCCCAGCAGAGGAUGGUCAUCAAGGACAUCCACAGCCGGCUGCUGGCGCUGGUCAAGAACCCGCCCGUCUACCUGGACAUCCUGGGCUAA